AUGAAUGUCGAUGAGGGUAGAAACUCAGACAUAGUGGAGGAAGGCUGGGUGAUGGGUGGUGGUUUGCGGAGACACGUGGUGGUUGGCGCGUCCGAGACUCGUGGUGACCCGCAGUGUUAUCUCGCGAUGUUGUGGAGUGACCGGCGAUGGGUCACAACGGUGGCUAGAAAACAAGUGGAAAAUAAGGGUUUGGUGCGUGGUAGAUCUGAAGGCACAACAUUAGUCAUGACUGGGCUAUGGUGGUCGCUGGUGGUGCGGUGGACUCACUGUGCUGGCCGCUGGUGGGGCGGUGGAGCUUGUCGUGGUAGCCACCGGUGA